ACUGAGAGUGGCUUGAUGUGCGAAUGGAAGUCGAGGCUGAUCAUACUUAAAAUGGCCGCCAUUCGUUGGAGCGCUGGUCUUCUCAGGACCAUAACAAAAGUACGUUUUCCAAGCAUUACGGCAAUCCGAUGCCCACAGAAUAAUUUAAAAGGCUUCUCGUGUACGGCUGGAAGAAGAGGACUGGAUGAAUUUUUUCCUCCUGGUGUGUAUGAGUCAGGUGGGCCUGGGCCUAAAGAAAUCAAAACUGGAAGAAGAUGGCAUGCUUCUGAUCUAAGGCAAAAAAGUAGCAAUGAUCUGCACAAACUUUGGUAUGUCUUGCUCAAAGAAAUGAACAUGCUCCAGACAGUAAAGGCAGAGGCAAAGAGAUUGCAAGUUCCUAUGCCGAACCCAGAAAGAAUUAAGAAAGUACAAAAGUCAAUGGCAAUGAUUAAGCGUGUUAUUGGGGAAAGAGAACUUGCAGUUAAAAAGCUGGAAGUAUUAGGUUAUCAGUCUCAGUUUCAAGAAGAUGCUGCUAGUUUCCAGGAAAUUGAUAACAAGGAAACAGGAGGCUUGCUUAAAAGUAGUAAUAAACAUGAAAAUCGUGAAUCAAUUUCUAAUGAACAAUCAACAGUAAAUGAGGAUGGUAAAGUGAGAAAUGUAGGUAUAACCAAUGGAAAGUCCCAAUUUUCAAUGACUUAACUAGCUUAUAUAUAUAUCUAUAUGUUAAAUGUGUUUUAUGUGUAAACAUCAAAAAAUAGUGGAUAGAUGGUGAA